AUGGCAUCCCAUUUAGACAGUCCAUUUGACCUAGAGCGUUGUGGACCUGCUGUUGAUUUAGCACUCGCUGAAGUUAAUGAAUUUUUAAUUAUACAUAAUGUUCAAUUACAGAAAGUGCAAGCUAGUUACCCAUCGUGUAGUGGUGCGAGAGCACCGGGAUUAGCAGCGGACAUGCAUUUUCGCGAUAACGUUAUCGCGUUUAUCGGUCCAGCGUGUGCUUUUGCAUUGGAACCUGUUGCGAGACUCGCGGCCUACUGGAACACGCCGAUCAUUACUGGAAUGGGUGAUCAGGGAAUUUUUAAAGAUAAAAGUAAAUAUCCGACAUUAACACGAAUGUCUUAUUGUCAAUGUCGAUUACGUCUAGUAUUUUCGAGCAUUUUCAAAGAAUUUGGAUGGUCGCACGUUGCAUUGAUACUCGACAAAUCCGAUUUAUUUUCAUUGACAGUAGGAAAAAAUUUAGAAUACGGAUUACGUAAAGACGGUCUGCUUAAAUUUGUACGAGAACUCGACGGUAAUUCACAUGAUGAUUCCUAUCAUUUGUAUUUACGUGAUGCCAGCAUGUACGCAAGAGUCGUGAUACUGAGCGUAAGAGGAACACUCGUCAGAAGAUUUAUGCUAGCAGCCCAUGCUCUAGGAAUGACACGCGGCGACUGGACAUUUUUGGACGUUGAAAUAAUUCAAGGUUCGUAUUGGGGUGAUCAUGACUGGGAAAUAGGCGACGUAGAAGACGGAGCAGCACGAAAAGCUUACGAAGCUCUUCUACGAGUUUCAUUACUCCAACCGACCUCUCCGCGUUUUCAAGAUUUCGCAGAAGACGUUCGUAUUCGCGCGCAAACCGACUAUAACUACACAUUCUCUGACGGUGAGGAAGUUAAUUUUUUUAUUGGAGCUUUCUACGACGGAGUUUAUUUGCUUGGUAUGGCUUUGAAUGAAACGUUGUCCCAAGGAGGAAAUAUUAAUGAUGGACUCGCUAUGACUAAAAGAAUGUGGGGGCGUGAUUUUGUGGGAAUUACUGGGCAUGUACGUAUUGAUAUUGACGGUGAUCGGGAUGCUGAUUAUAGUAUUCUCGAUCUUGACCCUAUUACUGGAAGAUUUGAAGUAGUGGCGCAUUACUUGGGACUGAAUCGAGAAUACAAUCAAGUGUCGGGUAAAAAAAUUCACUGGCCAGGUGGCCGUGAAGGACCACCGGCAGAUAUUCCUGAAUGUGGAUUUCUAGGUGACGAUCCAGGCUGCUCACGUAAAACAGACGCGUAUACUCUGAUACUUUACUCGAGUUUCGCUCUUGGUAUUUUUUUACUCGCUGUUAGUACCGCAGCAUGUUUGCUCUAUCGACCAGAAGAAUUGCUAUUGGAAGUCAGUAAAACUUUUUCUUCCAAGAUAAAUUUACAUCAAGCUAUGGCUGACGCUAAUAAUUUUGGAUUAGAACAAAAAAGACGGGGAUCGCAAUUAAGUGGUGAUUCAUUAGCAGCAACAUCGGUAUUUACGAGUGUAGGUAUUUAUAAAGGAGAACGUGUUGCUAUUAAGAAAGUAACUAAAAAAAAAGUUGUUGAUGUUACCAAAAAAUUACUAUGGGAAAUUAAACAAGUACGUGAUGUUACAUCGGAAAAUACUGUUAGAUUUAUUGGAGCAUGUCUGUGUUCACCAUCACCAACAGUAUUAAUAUUAACAGAAUACUGUCCAAAAGGAUCACUCAAAGAUGUCCUUAAUAAUGAAGCAAUAAAACUUGACUGGAACUUCCGAAUGUCAUUGAUCCAUGACAUCGUCAAAGGAAUGGAUUAUUUACACGCAAGUGAAGUGAAUGCGCACGGCAAACUACGGUCAUGCAAUUGUUUAAUUGACGGACGUUUCGUAUUAAAGAUAUCCGACUUUGGUCUCAAGACUUUGACAACUCCUGCGGAAUUGGUUAUUGAUGAAAAUUAUUACUCGAAAUUAUUGUGGAUCGCACCCGAGUUGUUACCGCAAACAGUUUUGCCAGGUAGCGCAGCGACACAAAAAGGUGACGUUUAUAGUUUUGCUAUCAUUUUAGAAGAAAUAAUAUUACGUGGCGGUCCUUAUGAAGUAGCCAAGACUUUUAUGACAUCACAAGAAAUUGUAAAUCGCGUAUCGUCAGGAGAGAAUCCAUGUUUCCGUCCAGAAGUUCAUCCAAAAGAUUGCCCUCCAGAUAUUUUCUGUCUUAUGGAAAGAUGUUGGAGUGAAAUAAGUGAUGACCGUCCAUCAUUUCAAACAAUUCGCGGAAUAAUUCGCGGCAUAAUGAAAGGAUACUGCGAAAAUCUAAUGGAUGAUUUGUUACGUCGUAUGGAACAAUAUGCUAAUAAUUUAGAAGCAUUGGUCGAAGAAAAAACUGAGCAACUGACGUUAGAAAAACGUCGAAGUGAAGAAUUGUUGUAUCAAGUAUUACCAAGACAAGUAGCUGGACAACUGAUGGCUGGCGAACUGGUGCAGCCAGAACAGUUUGAAUCCGUGACUAUUUACUUCAGUGAUAUCGUUGGUUUCACGGCGCUGUGUGCUCAGAGCACUGCGAUGCAAGUUGUAGAUUUUCUUAACGAUCUCUACAGCACAUUUGAUCGCAUAAUAGGUUUCUAUGACGUCUACAAAGUCGAGACAAUCGGCGACGCUUAUAUGGUUGUCUCAGGACUACCCCAACGAAAUGGAGACGAGCAUGCCAAGGAAAUAGGUCUGAUGGCUCUGGCUAUUCUUGAUGCCGUAAAAUCGUUCAAGAUCGGCCACAGACAGGACUCGCAAUUAAGUGUGAGAAUUGGCGCGCACAGUGGUCCUGUUUGUGCAGGUGUCGUUGGACAAAAAAUGCCGCACUAUUGUUUGUUUGGUGAUACUGUCAAUACAGCAUCACGUAUGGAGUCGACUGGCUUACCGUUAAAAAUCCACGUGUCAGAAACAACUAAAAAUAUCUUAGAUAAAUUUGGGACAUUUGAAUUAGAAUUACGCGGCGAAGUUGAAUUAAAAGGCAAAGGUACUGUGACGUCAUACUGGUUAAAUGGAUGCACAACACCAGAUCCACGCUUAUCGUCACCAAAAUUACGUAAAUACAGCACUAGUCCGCCAGAUAAUGGACAAUGUACAACAUUAAAUCCUCUUAUAUUCCCGCAGAAUAUUUUAAAUGCUAAAAAUUCUAAUAAUACAUUUAUUAAUUUGUCUGAACUCUAA